AGUGGUUUUGUUAUCCAAAAAUGAGGAGCAAGUGAUAAGCGUGUGCGAUUUGUUUGUUUGAUAGAGUUAGGUAGUAUUCCAUUUUAGCAAAGGCAGGCAGUAAGUCAAUGGUUUUCUCUUUCCCACAUUAGUUCCGUAGUGACUUUCUGUGGGCAAACAAAGAAACAAACGGUGCAAACACUUGCAAUUCCAAUUCCCCGAUGAAGAAGAAGAUGACAGUGAAGAUGAACCUGGUAAAGACGAAGACGAGGAGUUGGUAUUCUGAUUCCCCUCCAAUGGAUCCGAGAAUCUGGAGCAAACUGCCCCCAGAAAUCCUGGAGUACAUCCUGUCGUUCCUCCCUCUGAAAACCUUCUUGAGUCUGAGAUCCACUUGCAAGGGCUUCUGCUCCCUCCUCUUCUCCCCAAAAUUCAUCUCCAAACACUCCUCCUCCUCCUCCUCCUUCUCCUCCUUCCUCCUACUCUCCCACCCUCAAUUCCACCGCCACUUCCCUCUCUACGACUGCACGCUCGCCACCUGGCGCAACGUCUCCCUCCCCUCCCACUCCUUCCCCUCCUUCACCACCCUCGCCUCCUCCCGCGCCCUCUUCUGCCUCGCCGACACCGCCUCCUGCUCCUUCCACGUCUGCAACCUCUUCGCCAAAGCUUCUAGAAACAUCCCCUACCCCACUUACCCCCUUCAAUUCAACCAUCUAACCUUCGUCGCAACCCCAUCUCGCUACAUCAUAUUCCUCUUCUCCUCCGACCCCGCUUCCAACUCCGUCUUCCUCUACCGCUCCAAUGCGCCGGCUUGGAACCGGUUCCGCGCUUUCGGACCGCUUCUGGAUCCCCAGCAAGGGGUUUUGUUCCGUGGGGGUUUGUAUUUCGCCACGCCGGAACCCUUCUCGGUGGUGGUGUUCGGUUUGGAGAGUGGCGAGUGGGAGAGGCUUGACGCGGGGUUGCCGAGUCAACUCACUUUUGUAAAAUUGGUGAGUGACGGGGAGGGGGAGGGGGAGGGGAAAUUGUAUUUGGUGGGUGGGGUUGGGAGCAAUGGCAUCUCGAGGAGCAUUAAGGUGUGGGAGUAUGGGAGUGGGAAUGAGAAUUGGGUGGAGAUGCAGAGUUUGCCUGAUCUUAUGUGUAGAAAGUUUGUGUCGGUGUGUUAUCAUAACUAUGAGCAUGUUUAUUGCUUUUGGCAUGAAGGGAUGAUCUGCAUUUGCUGCUACACGUGGCCUGAGAUUUUGUAUUAUUUGGUCUCUCGGAGGACUUGGCAUUGGCUUCCUAGGUGCCCCUCUUUGCCUCUCAAAUGUAGCUGUGGUUUCAAGUGGUUUUCUUUUGUUCCCAAUCUCUAUGCAUCAGUCUGAUUUUCUCUCUGCAACUCUUGUUGCUUCGGAUUCGGAUUCGGAUUCGGAUUGUAGUACCAAUUCAUCCAGUUCUGUUUUUUUGUUUUGUGUAUGUGAUGGCUCAUAAAUCUUGUCCUACAGAAUCUAGUCUAUUUGGCAUUUUCUGAGGGGUUUGUGACUUGUAUUGUGUACUGUUUCUUAGGGGUUUAGAGUGAUUUUCUGAUGUUAUUCAUGUGAACUGUUUAGGCAGACUAGAAGUGAAUCAUGAAAAAAUUUGUACCUACUACCGUAAUGCCAACUUGGUUGAAAAUUCCAUCUCUUCA